AGCUUCUUAAGAUCAGCUCCACGCAUCGACCUCUGGGGUGUGUGCUUUUUCGUAUUACGUUGACUCCCCAGGUUUUCCACGGUGGUUGUUGAGGGCGGCAGAAGCACACCAGCAAGCACCAUGGAUCUCCUGCCCGUUCCUCUCGCUGUGCUCAUCCCAGCUGGGAUCCUGGCCUAUGUCAUCGGGGGCGCCAUCUAUCGACUAUAUUUCCAUCCGCUGAGCAAGUUCCCUGGUCCGAAGCUGGCUGCAGUAACCCAUCUUUUCGAGUUCUACUUCAACCUGGUCAAGGGUGGCAUGUUUAUCUGGGAGAUUGAACGCAUGCACCAACAGUAUGGCCCCAUUGUCCGGAUUACCCCUCAUGAGCUCCAUAUCAAGGAUCCUCAGUUCUAUGAUGAGAUCUAUGCUCCCGGUUCGAGGAAACGGGAGAAGUAUAUUGGCUUCGUAGCCCACUUUGGAACUCCGCAGUCGAUGGUGACGACCAUCAAUCAUGACCACCACCGUCUGCGCCGUGGUCUUCUAAACAGUUAUUUCUCCAAACGGUCAGUGAUGCGCCUAGAACCUCUGAUCCAGGGGAAUAUAGACAAACUCUCCAAGCGCCUCGAGACGGCAAGCAAGACUGGUGCCGUUAUCAGACUAGAUGCCGCGUUCACGGCCCUGACCAUGGAUAUUAUCACGCAUUACUCUUACGGGAAGAGCUACAACUAUCUCGACGAGGAUGACUUCAAGCUCAGCUGGAAGGAGGCAGUCCUGGAAGCGUCAGCUAAUGGCGCCAUGCUCAGGCACUUCCCGUCUGUUCUAACCGUCUCGAAGAGCAUCCCUCCUUGGCUCCUGAAGAAACUGGAUCCCCAAGCGGCCGUUCUCUUGGAGAUCCAGCACAUGGUCAGGAAGCAAUCGCUGGAAUCGCUUGAGUCUUUUGAGAAGGCGGAUAAUAAAGGCUCACAAGCUACCGCUUUCGACGCUCUAUGCGACCCCAACCUACCGCCGGAGGAACGAACGAUCGACCGCUUGCAGGAUGAGGGACAGAUUCUCCUUGCUGCUGGCAGCGAGACCACUGCGAAGACAUUAACCACGAUCGCUUUCUAUCUUCUCAAUGACCGAGCUCUUCUAUCCAAGUUAAGAGAGGAACUCAAGAAGGUUAUGCCGACACCGCUGAGUACUGCAUCCUGGACGGAGCUCGAGCAGCUGCCAUACCUGGGAGCCGUCAUAAAUGAAGGCUUACGACUCUCAUACGGAGUCACGACCCGACUUCCCCGUGUUGCACCCACCGAGGCUCUCAAAUACAAAGACUGGGUCAUUCCACCAGGGACGCCCGUCAGUGAAUCUUCCUAUUUCGUGCACAUGGAUCCGUCGAUCUUCCCGAACCCUGAAUCGUUUGAUCCAGAACGAUGGAUCCGCGCCGCGGAGAAGGGAGAACGGCUCGAUCGCUUCAUCGUCUCAUUCACCAAGGGAAGUCGGCAGUGUCUGGGCAUUAAUCUCGCCUAUGCUGAAUUAUUCCUCACCGUUGCAGGAAUCUUCCGUCGCUUCGAUAUGGAGUUACAUGACACGACCGUUGAUGAUGUCCGGCUCGUGAGAGACCGGUUCUUUGGUGCCUCGCGGGACGGGUCGAUGGGUGUUCGGGCAAGUAUCUCUGGAACCAUCAAUAGCUAGAUACCCUUUUUUUCUGAAUUCUGAAUGACAAGAGUCUUGAUCUUAAUGGCACUUUCGAGGCAUGGUGGCCAGCACUCA